AUGCCGUUGCCCAACCCCGAUGCUGAGUUGGCCAGCCAAGAGACUCGACCCUCGCAUCACUCGUCACACAAGAAAGUCGCGCCUGUGCCUGCAGAGCGACAAAUAUCUCCCGAGUAUACAGCAGGAUUUAUCAGUAGAUGGACGUUUAGUUGGAUGGGGGAUUUGAUGUCGACUGGCUUCCGUCGUCCCCUAAAGAUCAAUGAUAUUCCACUCCUCAAUCCCAACAGAAGUGUACAAAAGCACAGCAUCAUCUUUGACGCUCACUUCAAGGAGGCAAAGGCAUCGGCCGACGUCAAACACCCACUUUUUACCGCCUUGCACAAGACUUUCGCUCGCGAGUUCUGGAUUGGCGGUCUAUGCCGUCUGUUUGCCGACCUCUUUACCGUUGGAAACCCCUAUACACUGCGCUACCUGAUCGAAUGGGUUCAGAACAGCUAUUACGCCGGCCUUCCGGGAGCCACAGUGAAGAAUCCGGAACUCACCAGGGGAGUCGGAUUGUUGGUCGGCAUUAUCUGCAUGCAAAUCCUGCUCAGCUCAUGCCAAAACCACUUUCUAUAUCGCGGAACUAUGGUUGGUGGACAAGUCAGGGCAGUCUUGACCAAUAAGAUUCAAGAGAAGAGUUUGAGAAUCUCCGAGCGAGCUAGAGCUGGUGGCUCAGCUGAGCUUGUAACCGGAAGCUCCGAAGAAACGCUACAGGAAGUUGACUUGAAUGAGAAACCUGGCGACGAAAAGUCUGACAAGUCUUCUGGGAACGCCAAAGCUGACGAGUCCGAGGCCGGCUGGUCCAAUGGUCGUGUCGUCAACCUUGUAUCCAUGGAUGCUCAUCGAAUUGAUGGGGGUAUCAGCAUGAUUCACGUUGUGUGGACCUCGCCACUAAUUAUCUUCGUCUGCAUGGCCUUGCUCAUUGUGAAUCUUCGCCAGUCAGCGGUGGCCGGUUUCGGAGUUCUGAUUGUCGCCAUGUUCUUCCUCGUCGUGGCUGUGAAAGCGCUAUUCGCCCGUCGACAGGUGAUGAAUAUGUCUACUGACGUCCGAGUUGGCCUAACACAAGAGGUCCUUCAGUCCAUUCGUCUGGUCAAAUACUUCAGCUGGGAGGAAAGCUUCGUUGAUCGCUUGAUAAAGCUCAGAGCUGAUGAGACACGCCAGCUGCAAAGUUUCAACCUGAUUCUCAACUUUGUCACCUCCCUAGGACAAAGUCUGCCUGUUCUGGCCUGCAUGAUCAGCUUCGUCACGUACGCAUGUGUUCACGAGGGAGGACUCGAUGUUGCUAUCGUUUUCUCAAGUGUCGCUCUAUUCAGUUCUCUCCUCACACCUACCGCGUUCCUGCCUGCGUGUCUUGGUCAUGCGUCCGACGCAUGGGCCAGUAUGACAAGAAUUGAAGAGUAUCUCCUAGCAGAGGAGACCGAGGACCUGGACGUCGAUGAGAACAUGAGAGAUGCGGUCCGACUUGAAAAGACCGAAUUCACCUGGGAGAAGGGGUUGGCUAACCGAACCGCGGGCUUGAGCGAAGAGGAGGAAGAGAACCCACAACAAGACCGCCAUUCCCUUGCCGCUCUAAGAGCAAGCAGAAUGUUCCACGAUGGAGAAAUAAAUCACUACAACAACCGGGACUCAUUGUCAGCACUGAGAGCAAGCAGAAUGUUCCAUGAUGUUGAGUAUGACACUGAAGGUUUUGCAUUGCCUACCUUUGACUGGGAAGAAGGUGCGCUUGCAGGUCCCUCGUCCCGGUGGGACAGACCUACAUCAUUUAUGCCUCCUUCAUACGGAUUUGAACGACCAACGUCGUUCAUGAUGCCUUCACUCUCGCGAGAUAGAUCCAACACCACCAACUCAAGGGAGCGACCUCUUUCAACGGCAAGACCUAGAUCAAUUGUACGACCCAUGUCAACUUGGUUCCGGCCCGAGUCAACCAUCCGACCGAAAUCGACCAUCCGACCUAUGUCCACAUGGUUCAAUCGACCUUCUUCAACUUUAAAGCACCCACUUGAAAGAGAGGGAUCUGAUAAUAUGCCCUCCAUGCGAUGGGAAGAUGGUGCAAAGUCAACCGAAAAGGGGUCCAAGGAGCGACCCGUGUCUGGUCUCCCAUCAACGAGCCCACCCUCCUAUGAGGAGUCCGCAUCAUCAGUUACUUUGGCCGAGGAAGAGCCUGUUCUGGCUCCAUUCUCAAUUCCUGCUAUCUCUCUCAGUAUCCGUCGCGGUGAACUUCUUGCAGUUAUUGGCGGUAUUGGAAGCGGAAAGUCAUCCCUUCUAUCUGCUUUGGCUGGUGACAUGCGCAAGGUACAGGGAACUCUCAAGUUUCACUCAGAUCGGGCGUUCUGUCCACAGACAGCAUGGAUCCAGAAUGCCACUGUGCGCGACAAUAUUAUUUUUGGUGCGCCCUUUGAUCCCGAGUGGUACGACAAAGUAAUCACCGCUUGCCAGCUCCGUCGUGAUCUUCAAAUUCUUUCCAACGGCGAUGCUACUGAAAUCGGAGAGCGAGGUAUCAACGUCAGCGGUGGACAAAAGCAGAGAAUUAGCUUGGCUCGAGCCAUGUAUUCUAAUGCCGAUAUCCUGUUGUUGGAUGAUCCGCUCAGCGCUGUUGAUCCUUAUGUCGGACAAGCCAUCUUCGACGAGGCAAUUUGCGGAGCACUUGGACGCAAAACAAGAAUUCUCGCAACUCACCAAGCCCACGUCCUGAGUCGCUGCGAUCGAAUUCUCUGGCUCGAUGAUGGAAAGAUCAAGGCCUUGGGUAGCUUUGCGAAACUGAAAAAGAAAUACCCCGACUUCGCUGCUCUGGUCAAGGAAGCAGAAGGCAACCGAGAUAAAGCGACAAAGAAGGAUGCCGAUAAGGACGCCGAAAAAGAUGCCGAAAAGCCUGCAGAAGAGACUACCACAGUCAGCAAACUGGCUGGGGAUGAUAGCAUGCCUGAGCUUAUGCAAUCUGAGGACGAUGUCAAUGGCGGCAUUUCUUGGGAUGUCUACACAUCUUAUCUUGCCUGUUCUCAGAGUCCCAUCGCUAUCAUGUUGGCCAUUCCACUUCUUUGCAUGGCACAGGGCAGCGCCAUUCUCUGUGGUAUGUGGCUUGCAUGGUGGGCAUCUGACAGAUUUGGCUUCGAGCGAAACACUUAUAUUGGUAUCUACGUCGCCCUCGGUCUGGGCCAAGCACUCUGCCUCUAUCUAUUCGGUCUUUGCAUUUCAAUCCUUUGUACCAGCGCCAGCAACGUCAUGCUUGACAAAGCGACCGCAAAGAUCAUGCACGCUCCAGUUUGGUUCUUCGAUACUACACCUUUGGGCCGCAUUGUCAAUCGCUUCUCUAAGGAUGUCUAUGUGAUGGAUGAUGCCCUCCCAGAGUCGCUGAGACUGUUCAUGGUCGGAACUGCUAUGGUUCUGGGUAUUCUUUCUCUCAUUGUGGCUGAGUUCCAUUGGUUUGGAAUUGCUCUUAUCCCUUGCAGUGCCAUCUUCUUUUUCUCUGCCUUCUACUAUCGUGCCUCUGCGCGUGAGCUCAAGCGCCAUGAGUCUGUUCUGCGAGGCGUUGUUCUCGCCCGCUUUACCGAAACUCUUUCCGGAGUGAGCACUAUUCGCACAUACUCGAUGCAAAAUCAAUUCUCCUCCAACCUGCAGCGUGCCAUCGAUGAUAUGAACAGUGCCAACUUCUUGACAUCUGCUAACCAGCGAUGGCUGGGCCUGCGUCUGGACUUCGUCGGUGUACUUUUGAUCGUCACAGCAGGAGUCCUCGUUGUAAUCCAACGAUCUACUCAGAAUCCAGCUAUUUCCGGCGUCGUGCUCAGUUACUCCCUCGGCGCUGCGCAGGUUCUGCAAUUCAUCAUUCGCCAAUGGGCCAAUGUGGAAAAUGCCAUGAAUGCCACCGAGCGGAUCCACGCUUAUGGCCCCGGUGACACCCUCCCUAUCGAGGGUAACAACGAUACUCCUCCCGUCGCUGCUCCAGAAUCCUGGCCCGAGCAAGGAGGCAUCACCUUCGGAGCUGUUCACAUGCGCUACCGUGAAGGACUUCCCGAGGUCCUUCGUGGAUUGACUCUUUCCAUUAAGCCAGGUGAGCACGUCGCCAUCGUCGGACGUACGGGUGCCGGAAAAUCUUCGCUCAUCGGUGCACUGUUCCGGACGUGUGAGCUCUCUGGCGGCUGCAUCACAAUUGACGGUGUUGAUAUUUCAACCCUUCCACUGAGAGAGCUCCGCUCUCGUCUUUCCAUUCAGCCCCAAGAAUCAGUUCUCUUCCGCGGUACUAUACGCACCAACCUUGACCCUUUGAAUGAACACACCGACGAAGAACUCUGGCUCGCCCUUCGCGGGGCCUGGCUGGCUGAUACAAUGCAACUAGAUGACACCGUUGAGGAAGAAGGAACCAACUUCUCUCACGGAACACGUCAGCAGCUUGGUCUAGCUCGUCUUCUUGUUAGGAACAGCAAAGUCGUUGUAUGUGACGAGGCAACCUCAAGUGUGGAUCUGGAGACAGAUGAAAAGAUUCAGCGAACUAUGGUAGAAGCGUUCAAGGGCAAGACUGUGAUUACGGUGGCGCACCGUAUUCGAACGAUUAUCAAUUAUGACAGAGUCUGUGUGAUGGACAAGGGAGUUAUCGCAGAGUUGGGAACGCCGAGUGAACUGUGGGAUCUGGGCGGUGUGUUUAGAGGAAUGUGUGAGACCAGUGGUAUUUCCGAAGAAGAACUGCAGCGAUUUAUUUGA